AUGGCCGAACCAUUUAACCCACCAGCUGCCGACUUGCCCGGUAAACCCUUUGUCGAGAAAUGGGUGCCCCCUCCCACCAGUAAACUUGACAUUGACUGGGCUAAACUAAGAACAAUUGAAUUGUCACUCUUGGACAGCCCUGACCCGAAGGUCGUUCAACAGCUCGUUGAUACCUGUAGAGAAGCCAUCCGAGUAGAUGGGUUCAUUUUUUUGACUGAUUAUGGGGUUUCUUAUGACCAACUCAACAGACAAUUCAGUAUCGCUCAAUAUCUGCACAGAUACAUGAGCGAGGAAGACAAAGAGCGACUUCACUGGAACCCAGAUGAGACAGGUACUUUUGCAGGCUGGAAGCCUCGUUUCGGAUGGAGAAGAGACAAGGGUGCGCCAGACGGAAUUGAACACUUCAACUACUACGCACCACAAUUCGAGUCCAUGGACAGGGUACCUACCUGCAUGCACCCUUUCUGGGAUGAGAUCGUCGCUUUCUGCAACUACCUGACUUACUCUGUCAACAGAAGGCUUCUCAAACUUCUCUCCAAAGUCCUCGAGCUCCCAGACGAUUUCUUGUGGGACCGAGUUCAAUCCAAGCAAGGCCCCGUAGGUCAAGGUUAUUUCAGACAAGCUCUAUACUAUCCUGCCGAUGACGAUCUUUCCAGAAGGGCCGGUGGUACAAGAAUGAACGGUCACUGUGAUUACGGAACUACCACCAUGUUGUUCUCAGUACCAAUCUCAUCUCUGCAGAUCUGGGGUAGAGACGAGAAAUGGAGAUACGUACCAUACACCCCUGGGGCUUUGGUCAUCAACAUCGGUGAAACCCUAGAGCUGGUAUCGGGUGGCCACUUCCGAGCGACGAGACACCGGGUAGUUGACCCUCCUGAGGAUCAACGUAACGAAGAAAGACUCUCGCUUGUUCUCUUCCAAGCUUCUGAAGGGGAUCUUCGGAUGGAGCCUGCUUAUGAAUCACCGUUACUACAGCGAGAAGGUUGUAUUGAUUCCCAGGGAGCUUACCGAGAAUUCAAGAGACUUCGUGACAAAGGCGUUCCCGUCCCCACAAACAGACAGUGGCGAGAAAUUCAAAUCGCUGACUCUCAUCACCCCACCGAUGCAGCUCCCAACGACACUAUCGUCAUAAUCAAUGGUGCCAAACAUAUCCAACGGGAGUACCUUGGUGUGAAAAUUCUACUUCCUGCAUAG